AAUUGGAGAACUCCUUAGAUAUUGUUGAACCCAAGAAGAAAAAGAUUGAAGAGGAGAAUUGCAUGAAUGGUACUCCUGAAACCAAAAAGACGAAAAAGUUCGAUAAAGAGGUCUCCACAUUUGCCACUCCUGAAAUCAAGAAGAAGAAAAAGAUGGAUCUGGAGAUUGCUGCAGAUGCAUCUCCUGAAAUCAAGAAGAAGAAGAAGAAAAAGAUGGAUCUGGAGAUUGCUCCAAAUGUUACUUCUGAAAUCAAGAUGAAGAAGAAGAUUGAGAAGAUGAUUGCUCCAAAUGUUACUUCUGAAAUCAAGAAGAAGAAGAAGAUUGAUAAGGAGAUCUCUUUAAAUACUACUUCUGAAAUCAAGAAGAAGAAAAAGAUUGAUCUGGACAGCUCUCCAAAUGUUACUUCUGAAAUCAAGAAGAAGACGAAGAUUGAUAAGGAGAUCUCUUUAAACACUACUUCUGAAAUCAAGAAGAAAAAAAAUAUUGAUGAGGAGAUUUCUCUCAAUGCUACUCCUGAAAUCAAGAAGAAGAAGAUUGGUAAGGAGAUCACUCCAUAUGCUUCUCCUGAAAUCAAGAAGAAGAAAAAGAUUGAGCUGGAGAGCUCUCCAAAUACUACUCCUGAAGUCAAGAAGAAGAAAAAGAUUGAGCUGGAGAUUUCUCCUAAUGCUACUCCUGAAAUCAAGAAGAAAAAAAAAAGGAAAGUUGAAGAACAGACUCUUGAGGAAGAGAUCGUAGCAAAGAAGAAGAAAAAGAAAGAGAAGAAGAAGAACCCUGUGGUACCGGACAACCGGAAAAAAUAAAUUUUUAAUUUUUUGAGGGAACGUAAAUCGGUUAGAGGAUUUAAAGGCUUUAAAUCAUUUACAUAAAGUCCAAAUGUGAAAUAUCUUCUUAUACAAUUGAAAUUUACAACAAGUCAGAAAAAAAGAUUUACUAAAAUCCAUUCAGCAAACAUUUAUAUAUUCAUUCUUACAACCAUUUCAUAUUAAAAGUGCUUCCUUUAAAGA